AUCUCUAUAAGCUGUUUUUAAUUUUCGACAUUUUAUUAUUCAAUACAACUUAUAAUUUGUUUCAAGCCAAAAAAGUGUUUUUAUUGUUGUGAAAAGGUGUUUAUUUUGUACUACUGAUCAUGUACAUAUCAUUCGUGUAAUCAAGAAUUCGUCUAAAUCAAUUCAAAUCCUUUAACAAUUGGGUGAUAUGCGAGUGUAUUUUUUGUGAAUUGUUAUUGCUCGUCGUUCUGUUUUUUUACACUUGGAUAAGGUGAUAAGGUGCAUUUUAAUUGGUUUGUGACGCACGAUGACGCUGAUAGAAGGUGUGGGCGAUGAGGUGGUGCAGUUUGUUGUGGUUGUGCUCGUAAUCAUUGUGGGUGUAUUAGCAUGGUGGUCAACUAAUGCACACCCAGACCGCUACCAUACUGUUCUUGUGAUGCGCUCCCGAGCACAUCAUCCUGUGACAGUCAGCAUCAGGACAAGAACAAAUGUAUCACAUACACAAACAAGUAGUUCUAGUCAAGCAACAUCUGCAGAGCAAGUUGCUUCAUCUAAUUCAUCUGAAAACAAUGAGGAAAAUAAUCAUAGAGAUAAUUCCCGUGUCAUUCCAUUACAAGAAAUGGAUAGUAUCGUAGACGCCGACAUGGCUAUGUUGGACAAUAAUCGCCUGCAUUUUUAUAGGAGGAUUGAUUCAGCAAUCAGCGCCGCCCAUAGUGUAACAGACACGACCAGUGAUGAGAGUGAUACACAAGACGAGCCCGACAGCAACGCACAAAUUAGGGAAAUGGAUAGCAUCGUCAGUGCAAUGGAGGCAGACGAAACUGCCGACACAGAUUUCUUCAAUAGACCUAGUGAAUCUAAUGCUACAUCACCUUCUAACGCAAGAUCUGUGAUACAAGAAAACAAUAACUGUGGCGGUGCGGCGUCAGCCGCAUCAGAACCAACCGAGUCCACUGAGAAUAGUAAUACAAAUAUAGAUAAUGGGAGUACGUCUGGCGCAGUAUCUACUGAAAUCACUAAUAGAAAAAAAAUACUUAUUAAGUUAAAGUACUUAAAUGACACAUUAAAGGAAGUUGAAGGAAAUCUAGAUGAACUGCUGAAGGAUUUUAAAAGGCGUCAUUUUGCAACAGAACUGUCGGCAGAGAGUCGAGUUCGUUUGAUAUUCAACGGACGAGUGUUAGUGGACGACGCGGCAACCCUACGCGCCUGCGGCCUCCACGAUCGUGCUGUCGUACAUUGCCUGGUUCAUCCCAAACGAGCUAACAAUCAGCAACGCAACGGCAUCCCCGAGGAAACGACAGUGAACGCCAUGCAUGAACUGAUAAGGGAGGGAGUGCAAGCCGAGCGUCCGUGGGACUUGGAGAAUAUUCUUAUGACACUUGUUUCCGUCGCCUUAACAGUCGUCUGGUUUUUCAGAUGCGAGUACUCCAACAUGUUCACUGCAAGCGCCAGCGUGGCGUUAUUCGGCCUCACCGUAUUCUACAGCGUCGCAAUCUUCGGCCUCUAUCUCUCUGACACAUUCCACUUUGAUCGACGGCCCGCGCAACCCACGCAACCAGUGCAACCAGCUCAACCAGCGCAACCAGUGCCCAACAAUUGAACGGUUUACAUCUCGCUCUCUCAUUUGUGAAUGAAAUGUAUCGUACUUUCCUUAAUUGUAUCGCAUAUUGCUAUCGAUUACAGUGAUGACAAUGUCUAUUUUGACUUGGCAGUUUGUAGACAAAGUCUUAGUUACAUAUUUUAGAAGGGUAUCAUAUUAUCAGGGGUAUUGGAUUACAUAUGCAUUUAGAAUUGAUAAAUACAGAUAGAAACGAGAGACCUCACUGCAUUAUUGUAACUAUUUAUAAGCAUAAAAUAUCAAUAGCUUCAAAAAUGGAUAAAUUAAUUUAGCAUUAAUCCAUAAUAUUUAAAAAUGUAAUACCCACUCUAUACACAAACAUUAAAAUAUAGUAACCUAUAUAAUGUAGCCUAUGUUAAAAUAGACCAGUACUACCGAUUAUUAAUUAUUGAUAGUAAAAAUAUAUUAUACUCUCCAUAAAUCCUACUAAUACUAUAAACGAAACAGUUUGUGG